GACGCCGCGGCCGCCAUGGCGGUGCCGGGCUGGCUGGAGCGGCUGCGGGCGGCCCGCAAGACCGCGCUGGUGCAGGACGGUAACGGCGGGGCGAGGGACGGGACAGCCCCCGCCGGCCGCCGCCGUGGGGUUUGGGGGAAGCGAAAGAUCCACUACCUGUUCGAGGAUGGGAAGGAGAUGGCUGAAGAGUACGACAUCAAGACCGGCCAGUUGAUGAGUAGAAAAUGGCGAGAGAAGAACACUCUUGGGGGCUCUGGCAAGUGGCAGGUAGAAGUGGGAGAGCCGACCUCGCCACUCCUGGGAGCACUGGAGUCAGAGCUCAUAACGGAGAGCAGCUCAAAUCCUGUCUUCAUGAGGAAGGAUACCCUGAGCAGCUUCCAGUGGCGGAUCCGUAACCUGCCCUACCCCAAGGAAGUCUACAGCGUCUCCGUGGAGGAGGAGCAGCGCUGCUGUGUCAUCCGGACCACCAACAAGAAGUACUAUAAAAAGUUCUCUAUUCCUGAUCUGGACCGAUACCACCUCCCCUUGGACGCAGCUGCCCUGAGCUUUGCCCAUGCCAACAACACCCUGAUCAUCACGUACCAGAAGCCGAAGGAGAUCCUGGCCGCAGAAGAACAGCUGCAGAAGGAGCUGAAGAAGAUAAAGGCAGCUAACAGUGGGGAUGGAGACUGUAAGACCCAGUAAGCAGUGGCUGCUCAGAGGUUGAGGUGAGGGGCAGCUCUCUGGCACAGCUUCACGGUAUUUAUUUUGCCUUAUCUAAUAAAAAUUAGUUCUGUGGUUAA